AUGGAUAUUAAUCAAUUGAUAAUACAAGCACAAUCAGCUGACAACCAUACCAGAGAGGUUGCAGAGGCACAACUGUUACAAUGGUGUGAUUCAGAUGCGUCUCAAAUGUUCACAGCAUUGGUAAACGCCGCCUUGCAGCAGCAAUCUGCAUUACAAUCUAGACAAUUUGCAUUAUUGUCGUUGAGGAAGCUGAUUACUAUGUAUUGGAGUCCUGGGUUUGAAUCGUAUCGUUCUACGUCUAACGUUGAUGUGAAAGUCAAAGAAUUUAUCAGAGAAGCGCUAUUGAAAUUAUGUUUGAAUGACAAUGAAAAUACCAGAAUCAAGAAUGGGGCUUCUUAUUGUAUCGUUCAGAUAUCCGCUGUUGAUUUUCCAGAUCAAUGGCCACAACUUUUGAGUGUUAUUUAUGAUGGUAUCUCUCGGCAACAUUCAUUGAAUGCGAUGUUUUUAUUGAAUGAAAUCUACGACGAUGUUGUUUCUGAAGAAAUGUUCUUCGAAGGUGGAAUUGGUUUGGAGACGGCGGAAAUUAUCUUUAAAGUCCUCGUUGCAGAAACAUCCAGUCUCGUGGCUAAAAUUGCCGCUUUGAAACUCCUCAAAGCAUGUCUUUUGCAAAUGAGUUCGCACAAUGGACAUUAUGAAGAAUCGAGAAAAGAUUUUGUAUCUCAAUGUAUAUCUACUUCUUUGCAAAGAUUGGGUCAAUUAUUGACUUUGAAUUUUGACAAUGAAGACGUUAUCUCUCAGCUGAAACUGAAAUCCAUAAUAUACGAGAACUUGGUGUUUAUCAAAAAUGAUUUCUCUAAAAAGCAUUUUGCAGAGAAAUUACAAGACCAUUUUAAGCUGGUGGCAAUCCGAGAUUUGAAAAACAUUUCCCUUAUAGAUACCAAUGACGAUGGUGAUUAUCCCGAAAGUGAAAACUUCGUAAAGACAGUUCAUGAUUGUUCCGUUUAUAUUGUAGAGUUCCUGACCAGUGUGUGUACGAUAUCGUUUACUAUUGAAGAAAUAAGUGUAAUUAUAGGAGCUCUGACCACUUUAUGUAAAGUUGGUUCUGAUGCUAGCGAGUUAUGGAUAAGCGACUUCAAUGAAUUUGUGUCCAAGGAAACCGGCUUAGCAGCGUCAUAUAAUAUUAGAGAUCAAGCCUGUGAAUUUUUUACUUCAUUAUCCAAUCCGCAGUUAUCCUUGAUUUUUGGUGUUGUUUCCAAAAAUAUCGACCUUAACACGUCAAAUCAUCAAACUUUCGAAUCUCUUCUAUAUUUACUACAAUGCAUUCUUCUCAACGAUGAUGAAAUAAGCAGUCAAAACAUCAAUCAAUCUUUGCAAAACUUGUUAGGAAUUCUGCAAAAUGCGUUAACAUCAUCAGAAAUACAUGAGCUGACAUUAGCCCGUGUAAUCCUGGUCAUUCCCAAACUACUGGAUAAAUUUAUAGAUGUUUUGCCAGAUAUCAAAUCCGUGACAUCAAGAUUCUUGGCAAAAAGUUUGGAUUUGGCCCUAAAAUGCGAUCAAGAGCUUAUUAAAUCCGCAGCAUUGAUAGCAUUCCCGUAUUACUGUUAUUUUGCGGAAUUAGACUCAGUUCUUGGUCCACAACUCUGCACAGAGCUCCAAGAAAAAGUAAUUCAAAUAAUUAACGAGAUUAGUAAUGAUGCGGAAGAAGACACGAAUGGGACUAUAAUGGAAGUAUUGAAUCAAGUAAUCAGUUAUAAUUCCAAAGGGCCUUAUUCAAAAAAAGAAGUUCUACAGGCAGAAGUUCACCUGGUGUUCACAAUAUCAUCCAAGGAUCCAGCAAAUGUACAAGUCGUCGUUCAAAGCCAAGAGUGUUUGGAGAAACUACUGGAUGACAUCAAUAUGGAUAACUACAAAAAUUACAUUGAGCUAUGUCUUCCAUCAUUUAUUAACGUCCUUAAUGCCAAUGAUGAAAACAAUUAUAAGUAUUCACCGUUACUAUCGCUGGUCUUAGAAUUUAUUGCAGUAUUUUUGAAGAAAAGGCCUAAUGAUGGAUAUUUACCAGAUGAAAUAAAUCAGUACCUGUUUGAACCAUUAGCCAAAGUAUUAGUAUACUCCACUGAAGAUGAGACACUGCAACUAGCCACAGAAGCAUUCAGUUACCUAAUUUUCAACACAGAUACUCAGACGAUGCAAACUAGAUUAAUGGAUAUCAUGAAAAUUUUAGAGAGGUUGUUGUCUUUGGAAGUCUCGGACUCAGCGGCCAUGAAUGUCGGAUCAUUAGUGGUUGCCAUAUUCACAAGAUUUUCGAAGGAAGUUCAACCGUUGGUCGGAAGAAUCUUGCAAGCCGUCGUGGUGAGGCUAGUUAAGGCGCAAAACAUCUCUACCCAGCAAAACCUUCUCUCUGUAUUGUGCUUCUUAACAUGUAACGAUACUAAGCAGACAGUGGAUUUCUUGUCCAGUUUCCGUAUAGAUGAUAAGGAAGCCUUGUCAUUGGUAAUGUCAAAAUGGAUGGAAGCCUUUGAAGUCAUCAGGGGCGAAAGAAAAAUUAAAGAAAGCAUUGUUGCUCUAAGUAAAUUUUUUUUUUUGAAUGACCCAAGGUUACAUAAACUGAUGGUCAAUGGAGACAUGAUACCAUAUGAAGGCGACCUGAUCAUCACAAGAUCAAUGGCUAAGAAAAUGCCUGAUAAAUACGUGCAGGUUCCUCUUUACACAAAGAUCAUCAAGUUGUUUAUUUCCGAAUUAGGCUUCCAAGCCAAACAACUUGAUCCAGAACAGUUGGUCGCGAGCAGUAUUCAAGAAUCGGCAAACGCUAAUAACGAUGAUGAAACCGGCGAUUGGGAAGACGUGGACGACGUCCUUGAUUACGAAAAGUUGAAAGAGUAUAUAGAUGAUGAUGUGGAUGGAGAAGAAGAGGAUGACCGUGACGAUAUCACGGGACUCACGGACGUGAAGGAAUCCGUUGUUCAGAUCUUGGUUAGCUUUUUUAGAGAGGUCGCUACCAAAAAUGUAAGUGAUUUCCAUCUUAUUUAUGAAACUCUAUCAGACAGCGAGCGCAAAACUCUUUCAGAGGCUCUUUUGUAG